UCGACUCGACAGCCAGCGAGAUACGUAGCUACAUAACCAUGCGAUCAUAAUAAUAACAAAAGCGUCGCGACUGUGUCUCGUUAUCAAAAUACUUAUUGCGUGUGCUCGGACUCGGUUGGAGAUUCGUCCCGUUGUGAUGUGGAAAACGUGAUUUACCUGGGAGUUUUUCAAGGAUGGGCGACAUUAGGGCCGGGCUCGAGGAAUUAAAGCUCGACGGUGCCCUGUUCGCCGACGUUAAAUACUACGUCAGCGGCGAAGGUGAUCCCAAGAUUUUAAAUUUGUUACAAGAGGGAGGUGCAGAGAGAUCAAACUAUUUUAGUGACUUUGUUACGCAUUUAAUAGCGGGCUAUGACGCACUGGAAGAUGAUAUCUCAGGCGCGAAGGAUAUCCAUGAGAUACCGUCAGUUACACAAAAUUGGAUUCUCUAUUCAGUUAAAUGCAACAAACUUCUGCCGACGCACUACUUCUCACCUGAGGACACGCAACUAUUUUCAAAUGUCAGAGCGUGUGUCUCUCAGGUAAGCCGGGCGGACAGCAGAAGUCUGUGGGCUAUGAUCACGCUCCAAGGGGGUAAAUGUCAAUUACGUUUAGAUCGGUAUUGUACUCAUUUGAUCACCGGGAAAGCUGCUGGACUGAAAUAUGAAACGGCGAUGAGACAUCCCAUUCAAAUCGUAACACCGGACUGGGUAACAGAGUGUUGUAAAAAGGGAACGAUUAUAAGCGAGGUAGAGUAUCACCCGAGGUUAUUAGUAUACUCGAACAGUUCUACGGCGUUAAUCACCGGCUUCAUGGACGAGGAUACGGAUAACAAUUCCGCGCAAGAGGAACAGGACAGGACCAAAGCUAUGCUGGAACAAUUGAAGCAAAGAAUGCCAUGGAAUCAACCGAGUCCACCGAUAUCUUCGAAUCCCUCGCACAACGUGAAUACCGCUAACGCGACAGUAUCGACGAUCUCUUAUACGACGAACGGCCAGAAUAACGCCGGUGUUCAACAACAGCAGCAGCAGCAGCAGCAUCUUCCGCGACAGAUCCCUGCUACGAGUUUAUCCAAUGCUUCCACAAUCGCGUCUUCUGUCUCCGAUCAAAACAUGACGCAAACCAACUGGCCACAGGCUUCUCAGCAGAAUAAUGUUACCCAAAUGAAACCCGUGCCGCCGCAGAUACAACAAUCAGAAUUAUCCCCUCAACAACAACAAAUGAACAUACAACACACGCUACUCCAGCAGCAGCAGCAAUUAAAUCAACAACAGCAAUUAAAUCAACAGCAGUUGCCUCAGCAAAUGACUCCGCACCAACAAUUACAGCAGCAACAAUACAGCCAGCAGCUGUUGAACCAACAGCAAUCUCCACAAUUGACGCCUCAACAGCAACUGAUAGGAACGCAGCAACAACAAUUGCCCCAGCAACCGAUGAUAUCGCAACAGCAGCAGUUAAAUUCGCAGUUGCCCCAGCAAUUAUUGACCCAGCAGCAAAAACAGUUGACUCAACAAAUGAUUUCCCAGCAGCAGAUUAAUCAACAGCAUUUGACGCAGCAGCAGCAGAUCACCACCCAACAACAAUUAGUGCAACAGGUGCAGCAGCAGCAAAUUGUUCUGCAGCAGCAGAUACCUGGCCAGCAGCAACAGAUCGGAGCGCAGCAUCAGUUAAAUCAACAGGCUCCGCCCCAGCAGUUAACGUCUGAACAGAGGCAACUGAUAUUGUUACAGCAGCAGCAGCAGCAGCAAAAAAUUCAACAAAUAUCACAGCAGCUGCAACAAUCCGCGCCUCAAGGCUCGCAACAGUUCGUUCUAAGAGACGGCCAGUUGCAGCAGCAGCCGCAGAACCAGCCGUUGAUGGGUCCUAAUCAGCAAGGUUUCAUAGUACAAAGGGAUCCGCAGUGGCAGCAGCAGCAGUACCAUUUGCAAUUACAAAGGCAACAGCAACAGCAGAUCGGACCUCAACGUCCGAGCGGCCAGUGGACUCAGCAGCCGCCGCAACCGCCGCGACAGUUAAUUCAGUUGGACGCGCAAACGCAUCAACAGCUGCAACAGAUGGAUCCGCAGCAGCGAGCUCAGUUCAUUCAGAAGAUUCAGAAACAGAGAUUGCAGAGGCAAAUGCAAAACCGCCAGGCCCAGCAGGGCGCGCACAUCGCUGUUAUAAGAAGUCCAGGGAAGCCGGUCCAAUUGGGGAUGCAGUGGGUUCAACAGCCUCGCCCUCAGAUGAUAGGCCCUCAAAUCACGCAGACGCCGGGACAGAAGCCAGUCCAUCCUGGUGUUCAACCCCCAGCUUUGACACCGAUCAAUUCUUCGAAUCCAGUCGUCGUUCAAACUGGACAAACUGUGCAAAGUCCUCAGGCCGGCCAGCCGGCUCCGGCGUUCCAACAGGGUCAACCUCUGACUCCUCAGCACAUAGCCCAGCUGCACAUGCAGAAGCAACAGCAAAUGGCCAGGUUGCAACAACUGCAGCAUUUGCAACAGCAGCAGCAGCAGCAGCAACAACAACAGCAGCAACAACAACAGCAGCAGCAGCAGCAGCAGCAGCCACAAGGCGCGCAACAGGAACCUCCGUUGGCGUCUCUAUCGAACAACGCUCAGAUACCACCGGAUCAACAGUUGGUCGUUAACGCGAAAACGAAGACCGCUUUGGCAAACAUGUUAACGAACAGAUUGCAAGGUAGUGCGGCCGAGGGCAGCGCGGCCGGUCAAUUGAGAUUAAUGACUGCCCAGCACAGGCCGCCGCCGCCGCCUUCCCAGGAUCCGCAGCUCCUGGCGGCGUAUCAACGUAGACCCGUCGGGAACAUCACAAACGGGGCGCCACCGGGUACACCGAUAAAAAUGCAAUACGCCCCAGUGAUGCCUCAAGCGAAGGCUCAGUUUUACGGCCACAAUCCCAAUCUGAAACUGCCGCCAGAUCUGUUUUUACUGGGUUGUAUCUUUGUCAUCGUUGAAUACGAUGCGCAACGGCCGAACGACGUUUCCACGUGGAAACAGGUGAUCGAGAGACACGGGGGCGAGGUGGAACCGCAGUACUGCGCCCGUGCCACGCACAUUCUCGCGAUCACGCAGAAACAUCCGACGGUGGUGCAGGCGCUACGCGACGGGAAACGUUGCGUCAGUGCCCACUGGCUGUCGGAUGUUGUCAGUAAACAACAGGUACUGCCGCCUUCGCACGCGUUGCACUUCCCGACGCCGUUCAGCCUGACGGAGGUCCCGUGCGCGAAACAAAUCGUUUCGCUAUCUGGAUUCGAGGGGGAGGAACGUGCGAAGGUGAAGUACAUGCUGGAAGCGUUGGGUGCCAAGGUCACUUGCUACUUCACUAGGCACAACACCCUCCUCGUUUGCAGAAGACCGGACGGUCAAAAGUAUAAAAAGGCCCGGGAAUGGCAAACAGCCGUGGUAAACGCGCAAUGGUUGACGGACUUGUUGUGCGGGCAAAUGAACACUCUUCAUCAAAUCGAAAACCCGAAAUAUCAACAGUACAGUCUGAGCAAUCCGUUUAGAUUGGACUACUCGCUAGUGCCUCACUUAAUGGCUGCAUGGAAAAUGCCUAUAAAUAUUACACAGGAGUCGUACGAUAAGGUGAAACAGGUUGGUCAGGGUCCAAACUCGAUAAGAAAGUAUAAGAAGCCGCGAUUAGACGGGCCGUUGUUGAAUAAAGAUCCACAUUUAUUGGGCUUGGACGAGCCGAUAGUAAUUAGUAAUCCCGAUCCUCCGUCCCCGGAUAAACAGCCGAGGAUAUUAUUCUCCGGUAUUAAUCCUAGCAAACAUGCAAAGAGAAUCCGGGAAUUAGGUGGUGCAUUGGCGGCCAGUUGGCGAGAUGCCACUCAUCUCGUGAUGUCGGCACCGAUAAGGACUAUAAAAUUAAUGUGUUGCCUCUCACGUUGUAAAUAUAUUGUCACGUUACAAUGGUUACUCGAUUGUUUCGCGAGAAACACGUUUCUAGACGAAAGCGGAUACAUAUUGGGUGACCCGGAUUUCGAGAAGAAUUUUAAUUGUAAUAUUGAAAAGGCUUUGGCGAGCCCUAACCGUGGAACAGUACUUAAGGGUAAAAUAUUUUAUGUUACGCCAAGCGUUAUACCAUCGCCGUCAGCGAUGGCUGAGAUAAUCGACAGCGCAGGUGGAACGAUGGAAAAGACACGGAGGUCUGUGGCACAAAUCCAAGAAAUGAAUAGUAACAAAUUAACUUAUAUCAUUGUCACGCAUAAGAACGAUCUUCAUCUACUUUCCGACGUCGUACGAGCAAAUAUCAGUAUGUUCAGUGCAGAAAUCGUAUUAGGGGCAGUUGCACGACAAUACUUCCAAGUGGAAAUCUGAAAACAAUCUCGAUAAUGGUGCAUUUCGAUCCCUGAUACGAGCUUGCUAUGUCGGUUAGCGAGCUAUUUUCGAGGCGAACAUUUUUGCUUACCUUCUUCAAUGGGACAAUAAAGAACAUAAUUUUAUGAUACAA